AUGAGGGAAUUGAACCCUCAUGAGUUCAAUUGCCCGACGCAGCAGUGUUGGCUCGAACCUGACCUCACGUCCGCCCCACACCCCCACAAUCCCAGCCACAGUCCCACCCACACCCACAGUCCGCCCACACACCCCACAGUCGCGCCCACACCCCACAGUCUCGCCCCACACCCCCACAAAGUCCCGCCCACACCCCCACUAGUCCCCCCCCGCCCUACACCCCCACAAUCCCACCCACAGUCCGCCCACACCUACCUCAUCCCCGUCCCCCGCCCACACCCGACAAUCCCACCCACAGUUCCCGCCCACACCCCCCAUAGUCCCCCCGCCCUCACUCCCCACAAUCCCCACGCCACAGUCCCGCCCACACCCCCACAGUCCCGCCCACACCCCCACAAUUCCCACCCACAUCCGUCACCGCCCACACCCCCCACCCCCACAGUCCCACCCCACCCCACGCUCUUCCCGCCCAACCACACAGUCCCGCCCACAGUCCCGCCCACCAGUCCCGCCCACCAGUCCCGCCCACAUAACCUCCCAACAGUCCCGCCCCACACCCCCACAUCCCGCCACCACACCCCCACAGUCCCGCCACACCCCCACAAUCCCACCCACAGUCCCGCCCACACCCCCACAUUCCCGCCCACAACCCCACACGUCCGCCCACACCCCCACAGUCCCGCCCACACCAUCUCCCGCCCACAACCCACAAUCCCAGCCACGGUCCCGCCCACCAUACCCCAGAGUCCCGCCACACCCACUCUAUCCUACCAAAGGCCCGCCCACAGCCCCUCCAUGUACCGCCCCCACACCCCCUCAGUCCCCGCCCACACCACCACAGUGUUCCCCGCCCACAUGCCCCACAGGGUCACGUCCCUCACGGCCCACAACCCCUACGUAGUUCCUGCCCCAGUUCCCUUACCACUCCCCCAACCAGGAAGUCCCGCCUCGAUCCCCACAGAGCCCCCCGGCCCACAUACACCCCCCACAGUCCCGCCCUCUCGCUGA